CUGCCCCCAGCGGUCCAAGAGUUGCUCGCGAACUUCACGUCGGCAACCAUCGAGAGAGCCGAGCGAGAGAAAGAGAGAGACGCUCUACAUGUGACGCUGCCUUGGUGCCAGCCUCGUCCACCUUCCAACGUCACAACGUGCCGCACCGCUCCGUUCUAAAGAGUCUUGCUUUCUCAGGCGCGUGCAGAAACGCGUGUUCCUCGUGUCGCCGUCGUAGUCGUUAGUCAGCGUCGUCGAGCCGGCAUCAUGCGUGCCCUGUUGUUGGUGGCCCUGUUCGGACUCGCCCACGGCCAAGGAGACUACUUCCAGGUGCCGGAGAAGGUCCUAAGCGAGUCGCGGGAUCUCGGCGACAACCGCGGUCAUUACUCGUUCUCCUACGAGACGGAGGGUGGCAUACUGCAGAAAGAGACCGGCAGCCGCAAGUACGCCGGCACCUCCGACGAGACGCAGCUGAUCCAAGGCUCGGUGCAGUACAACGCGCCGGACGGCACCCCGAUCGCCAUGAGCUGGACCGCCGACGAGUACGGCACCCAGGUGUCCGGCACCCACAUCCCGACGCCGCCGCCGAUCCCGCCAGCGAUCCAGCGCGCCCUCGAGUGGAUCUCCAAACAGCCCAGCACCCCGGAGCCGAUCGAGAAGGACAAUCCGACGCCGAACGCGGUGCCCCGCGACAGUCGCCAGUACCAAUUUAUUCCGAAUAAACGAAACUGAGAUGUAACUCAUGCCGAGUAAAAAAGGAAAAGAAAGAAAGAAAGAAAAGAAAGGAAGGUCCCGCAGCCGCGGUGGCCUUUCCCUCCCAGCGACCCUUCGCACUCUCUCUCUCUCUCUCUCUCUCUCUCUCUCUCUCUCUC